AUGAAGCGAAGAUUAACCUUCGUCUUGCGAUCACCAACAACAACAACAACUUCAUCACAAUGUCCCACUCAUCAUCAGACUUUCGGGUAUUGCCCAUCAUCAUCCACCAAGGUCGGAAAUUCUUUAUGGUUGACACCGUUCGUUAAAGAACACAAUCAGUAUAAGUACUUGAUUGAAGAGUAUGAUGAAAACCUGGUGUUCGGAAGAAGGACUUUUUCGCAAACUCAUCGAUGGAAUGAAAAUAUUCAUAAUAAUCAAAAUGAAAAAUCCAAACCCUUGUUGGUGGCAGGUAAAUCAGAUAAAUUAAAUUCAACAUUGUCAUCUCCUUCAUUGGAAAAAUCAUCAUCCGAAUCGAAAGAAGGAAAGGAAGGAAAGGAAGGAAAGAAAGAAGACAAGAAAAAGGCCACUUGGUCUUCUUACUUUAAAAAGUGGGUCACUUAUGGAACUUUGACAGCCAUUGCUAUUUCUUUAAUUAAUCUUCAAGAAUUGAGAUCAGAAGAAACAAGUAUUCAAAAAAUUCGAGAAGGUUCAGUGAAUUUAAAGCCCUCACUAGAUCAUGACCUAAUUUCAAGAGAACGAGAAAUUCAAGAAUUGAAAAACUAUCUUCCAUUUCUUGAGCAAAAUAGUCCAGAAUUGGUUAAUCCAUCGUUUGUUCUCGUUUUUGGAAGAACUGGAACUGGAAAAUCUUUAUUUUCUGAAUUAUUAGCGAAAGAAAUGGGACACAAUUGUAUUCAUAUUCAAUUUCACAAAGAUAUGAAAGAAACUCAAAUAGUGGAAGCCAUCGCCAAAGCUAUUAAUUAUCAUCCAUUUAUGAACCGAAAUGAUUUACCGCUUUUUAAUUAUGUCACAACAAGCAUGUUAGAAAUUAUAAGACCAACCAAACCAACUUUUUCUGAAAUGACCAAAGUGCUCAAAGACAUAACCAGAAAAAUGUCAGAACAAAAAGAAGGAAUGAUUCCAUAUAUUAUCUUUGACAAUGUUGAUGCAUUGUAUCAGCCAGAGGGUUUUAAUUUUCUUAUUGACUUGUUGGAAUUGGCUAAAGAAGGAGCUUCAAAGAGAUGGUUUGGAUCUGUUUUUUUUACCUCUGAAGUUGGUCUUAAAGUGCUGAGAACUUCGCCCAGUCAUUAUUCAAUUACCAAGACCUAUUAUAUACCUGGCAUUGAGAAACAUGCUGCUGUGUCAUAUAUUGCCAAACACAUGCAAAAUGUUGUUGAUGCAGAAUCGAUCGCUGCCAUGCUUGUGGAUAACGUAUGUGGUGACAAUCUUAAGUCUAUUAUGGAUGUGAUUGCCAAGUUGAAACAAAAUAAGCCUUUAGAGCAAAUUAUUGAUGAAUCCAUUCAAGAAACAAAGUACAACUUUAGAGGUUUUGAAUUAGGUCAAAUUGACAAGAAUACUGAGGCUUUUGCUGUUUGGAAUUUACUCGACUAUAUGCACAAGAAUAAUGGCGAAUGCACCACAAGUGAGGCCUGUAUAUGCAUUGGAAGUUUUUGUUCGAAGCCUCUCGAUCUCAUCGAUGAUUUAAUCACACGAGGCAUCAUUAGCAGUAAUCCAAAUGGUUCAAUCACAUUUUUCAAUCGUUCUGUCUUUACCUUAAUUUCAAAAGCAAAAGAAAAGCGACCAAACGUGUUCAGCAAGUUUAGUUCCUAUCAACCAACGGAACGAGUGGUAGAUUUUUAA